AAUCCGGUUCCCAAAUUAUCCAGGGAAACUAUAAGAGAGAUUUUCAGGAAUCUAAUGGAUCAAGAUCUCUGGAAUGGUUCGAAAUCGGUGUAAAAAUUUUGUGGGAAGAUCCAUUGUCAUGGGGUUAUCCGGUUAUCAAUGUUUAUACAGACUUUCUUAACGCAGAACAAAGGAAAGCGUUAAAGAAUGCAAAGAUUACUCUUUCUAAGCUGCACAAUCCUAUGGAUGAUUAUUCUCUUUAUAUAAAGAAAUUCAAUCUAUCCGAAUUACAUGACGCGAUUUUUAGUUGGCUUCUUCAUACGGAAAACAUCGAUGAAAAAUAUCGCGACCUAUUUAAGGGAAACUUUAAUGCUAAAGCGGCUGAAAAAGAUGAAGCUACGAAACCAAUCAUGAAAAUGAUGACUUUAAUGAUUUCUCAUAUAAUUAAACUACUUUUUAACUCGACUCAAGGUUUAGAUAUGUUAGACAUGUCCUUUAAUCACCUAAGCAUUGGAAUCCCUGCUGAUAUAGUGAAAUCUGCUGAAGCAAUGAAAAGAGCAUUUACUGAUAUAACUUGGCUUAGAGUUCACACAAAUUUCACAAGCAAAUUGAUUUCUGAGGAUCGGCUAGACACUGCGUUAAAAAUUUUCAAUAAAAUGGUAGAGCUUUGUCAUAAAGUAGAGUAUUUGGAUGUUAAAUACCAAUAUUACACAGAUAUCGAUAAAAAUGAUAAAAAUGAUAAAAAUGAUAAAAAAAUCAUGUCAAAGCUGGUGAAUGUACAACAAAAACUUAAACAUUUCACCAUUCGACGCUCUGAUCUUUGGUUUAACCUUAUGGUUUCCAUAGGAGAACAUGCUGCUAAUACACUAGUAUCAUUUAAUUUGUCUGGGAUUCCAUUGUCACCACAACAACUUCAACCAUUAACGCGUUGCACUCAAUUGUUGACAUUGAGUUUUGUUCGAUGUAUGGACAUUAAACAAACUGGAAAGAACAAAAACAAGAAUGGUACAGUACGAGAUGAUGACACACCUACAUUUGUAGAUAGUAGUGGACUAUUCUUUCAUAGUGUCAAAAAAAUGUACUUAUACAAAAAUAAAAUUUCGCCAGAAGCUCUUACAUCACUUAUUAGGAUGACUAUCAACCUCGAAGAGUUAAUCAUAGUUAAUAAUAAUACAGAGACGAUUAUUAAAGCAAUAUCUCAUUAUUGCGGUAACAUUAACUAUUUGGCAUUAACUCUAUAUUCUGAUACCACAUUUUUUGCAUUAAUGGAUUGGCUUUCGUUAUCACAUUUGAAAACUUUAGUAUUGGGUACUCAUCAUUCAAAAAUCCUUAAUUUCAAGGACCGUCCAAAUCAAUCGCUCGGUUCAAUGCUUUAUGAGAUUGGUGACCAAUUUCCUCUUUCAUUAACAAGGCUUGAUGUAGAUUUUGAAGUUACACCUCAACAACUUGACAUAUUUUUGCAACGUAGUAAUUAUGUCUUUGAAGAAUUGGGAUUACAUCAAUCAUCUGGAUUAAAAGAUGAUCAUUUGAGGGUUCUUAUGAAUCAUGCCAAAGUGUCUAAAAGGCUUCGAAAAGUCACUUUUGAUAGAAUAUAUUGGAGUAGUCCGGAUGAGGAUUUGGAGAGUCAGAUUUCAUUCGAAGGAAGUUUGCUUGAAAAGUCCUUAUUCUCUCCAAAAACAUUGAAGGAAGCGGAACAAUACAUCAAUACAAUUAAUUCCACUUCAUUCGAUCCAUUUAUAGAUCCUUUACAAAGAAUUUUUAAAACUCGUAAUAUUGAGACGAUGGAUAUAGAAGACUCAAAUA